UAGAAAGGGUGCGGGUUUGGCGCAGUGGAAAUUAUAGGCGACUGCUAUCACCAAGUCGGCCAUCUGUGCACUGGGCUUUUAUCUUCGUGUUUCGAAUUUCAAAAACACAGUCGACAAUUGGGAUUUUUAUCGAAUUGUAUCGAUAUUUAUUUAAUUAUUUAAUAGAUAGCACAAUGAGCUCUAUCAACGUGAAUAAGUUAAAGGUAAACGAGUUGAAGGACGAGUUGAAGAAGAGGCAGCUGUCGGACAAGGGGCUGAAGGCGGAUCUUAUGGACCGGCUGCAGGCCGCGCUGAAUGAAGAGGCUCUAGCCAGAGGAGCUGAGACCGGGGAGAACGGCGGCCAAGGCGAAGGGGCUGUCGGCCUGAAUGACAUGGGCGAGGAGGACUUGGAUGAAGACCUAGUUGAGGAGAGGAUGGAGGCGGGCGGAGUAGAGGAUGAAGAUAGGUGCGAAGGGAAAGCAGAGAAAGAAUGCGCCAAUAUCGACGAUAAUAUGGGGGAAGAGGAGGAUGCGGGAGUAGAUAUGGAUAAAUCCGACGAGGAUGAAGAUGCUCUACUGAAAGAAGAAGAGGAUGAUGACGAUGAGGAGAUGGAUAAAUUCGAUGAUGAUGAUGCUGCACUGGGGACUCUCUCGAGAGAGGGGGAUGCGGACAAAGACACGAGCGCUGAGCAGAAGAAUAAGAAAGGCGUUAAGAGACGCCGGGAGGAACAUGGAAGGGGCUACUUUGAGUUUAUUGAAGAAAGCAAGUACAGCCGGGCCAAGUCCCCCCAGCCCCCACUGGAGGAAGAGGACGAGGAGUUUGACGACAGCACUGUCUGCCUGGACACCUAUAACAGUGACCUGCACUUCAAGGUGUCCCGGGACCGUUACAGCGCGUCAUCCCUUACCAUGGAGAGCUUUGCCUACCUGUGGGCUGGAGGCAGGGCUUCCUACGGAGUAGCUCAGGGCAAGGCCUGCUUUGAGAUGAAGAUCAUUGAGAAGAUCCCAGUGAAACAUAUCUCCAGUAAAGGCAUGGAUAUCCAUGAGGUUCUGGUGGGCUGGUCACUAGCCAAUGGAACACUGUUACUGGGAGAAGAGGAACACUCGUAUGCCUUCUCUGCCAAAGGGAAGAAAACCACCAACUGUGUCACAGAAGACUUCGGAGAGUGCUUCGACGAAAACGAUGUCGUCGGAUGCCUAAUCAACUUUGAAGGCUCUGAGGUGGAGCUAUCGUUCAGUAAGAACGGUCAGGACCUAGGCGUGGCCUUCAAAGUUGACAAGGCAUCUUUGGACGGACGGCCCCUCUUCCCUCACGUCCUCUGUCACAACUGUGCUGUAGAGUUCAACUUCGGCCAGAGGGAGGCACCACUGUUCGUCCCACCGGCCGACUACAGCUUCCUACAGCAGGUCCCUGUGAGCAAGAGGGUCCGAGGCCCCAAAGGGCCCGACACCAAGGAUGACUGUGAGGUGAUCGUGAUGGUAGGCCUGCCUGGCGCUGGGAAGACGGCGUGGGUAACCAAGCACACUCAGGAGCACCCUGGGAAAUACAACAUCCUGGGAACCAACACCAUCCUGGAGAAGAUGAUGAUCGCCAGUCUGAAACGCCAAAUGAAGGAUGUCACCAAACUCACCGCCAUCUCCCAGCGUGCACCUCUUUUCCUGGGAAAAUUCAUUGAGAUCGCUGCACGCAAAAAACGCAACUACAUCCUUGACCAGACCAAUGUGUCGGCCCCGGCCCAGAGGAGGAAGAUGUGUCUGUUUGCAGGCUUCCAGAGGAAGGCCGUGGUGGUGUGUCCUACUGAUGACGACUACAAGCAGAGGACACAGAAGAAAGCCGAGACGGAUGGUAAAGACGUCCCCGAGCACGCCGUACUCAAGAUGAAAGGUAUCUACACCCUGCCGGAGCCAGGGGAUUGCUUCAGUGAGGUGAGCUUUGUGGAGCUGCAGAAGGAUGAGGCCUCCAAGCUGCUGGACUUGUACAAGGAGGAGAGUCGCUCCGCCCUGCCCCCAGAGAAGAAGGCCAACCAGGGGGGCACGCCACCCAAGAGAGGGGGCAACCACCGCGGCCGUGGGGGCAGAGGGCAGGGGCAGUGGGGAGGUGGUCAGGGGCAGAGGGGGGGCAGAGGAGGCUUCCAGAUCAGAGGCAACUUCAGGGGAGGCCCAGGACCUCGUGGUGGAUUCAGUCGUCCCCCCAGAGGUUUCCUCCCUCCUCCGGCCUUCCGAGGGGGCUUCUCCAACCGGGGCAACUUCAACAGGGGGAGCGGGGGCAUGCCCAGCAGAGGGGGUGCACCCAGGGGGGGUCCUGGAAGGGGCAACAUGAGGAACAUGGGUAAUAGGGGAGGCAAUAUGCACCGAGGAAGCAUGACCCGCGGAGGAGGUGGAGGUGGAAGAGGACGUGGGGACAACAGGGGCAACUUCACACAGAAGUUCAGAGGCAGAGGAGGCAACAAUCGCAGCUUCAACAAGAACAGCAACUUUGGCAUGAACAAGGCCCAGGCCUUCAACCAGAGCUGGCAGCAGGGGUUCUGGAACCAGAAGCCAUGGAGCCAACAGUACCACCCAGGAUACUACUGAGCAUGUGCGGUAGAGAGACUGACUGACAGCACACAGACACACCCCCUCACUACAAACCCCGUCCACCCCAGCACAUACGCGCCAACUCCCGUUGCGCUCCAUUUUACCUUCUCCCCUCCUCCUUUUUCCUCUCCUCUUCCUUCGUUUUAGGAAGAAAGAGAUGAUGGACUGAGAUGGACUGCCGGUUCUGAGACAAAGACAACAAACGCUUUCUGGGCUCCUUUACUUUCUGCGUUUUGAUUUUGUAUAUUUGUAUUGCUUUUACGUUUCAGAGCCGGAGCUCUCAAGCGUUCGCCUUCAGAAACCUUGGCUUUCAUCCAGCAUGUGAUGUCUCUUAAAAAACUUUUCAGGGUUCUGUGUUUUUAUCUGUAAAGAUGUACUUUUUACUACAACGAUCAAGAUAUUUCUUUCCGAUUUUUUGCUUUACAUGAUGUUGUUUUAUGUUUUUAAGAAUCAGGAGAGGCUAGCACUCACUUUAGACACAUAGCAUUUGUGAGGUGUCGUAAUUCUAGUCCUGCUGCAAAUACGUUUGUUUCUAGUAAGUAAAGUGAAGUUUAAGCUGUAAUAAAAAAUGAUAUGCUUAAAAAUAUAUAUAUCAGUGUAAUUUAACUAACAGACAGCCCACAUAAACACAGGAAUUGCUCUCGAUGGUGCAUCUUACUUUGUAUGCAAAUCCAUAUUUUUCAAUGUCAAAGGUGUUAGAAAAGCCUUUGAUAUGAGAAGCACCGUCUCAGAUAGAGUAGCUGUCUUGUUAAAAUUAAUCAAAUGUCUUGCUAUAUCCUGCAUCAGUGGCUCAUACAUCCAAUCUAAAGACCAAGGCCGUCCUUCAGUAAGGCACUCCUUUAUCUAUCUUGAGUGGUCACUUACACAGUACUCCGUACCAGAGCAGAUGGGCCAUUCCAUGAGGCCUGGGGCGCGUUCAGUAGAGCACAACGUUAUCUAACAUUCAGAUCAGGGAUGGGCAAUUGAAGGCCCUCGGACCAAUUUCAAAAUGUGGUUGUUUAUUGUUUGUAAUGUCAGUCACUGACAGUCACUCAAUUAGCCCAUGUCAGCUAAAAUGUUUUAGAUUGGUAAAUUAGUCUAGCGGCCAGCUAUCUAAAAUGUAAUCAUGGUUGAAUUACCUACCGGAGGGCCCCCAUGGAUUUUGUUAGUCUCACUCAGAUAUCAAAUUAAAAACAGCUCAUUUUCCUCUCCGCCCCAUGGCAAAAUGAAUAGAAUGGAAGGAAAUCAGUUAUAAAAUUGCUAAAUGUUCUCUACGCCCCAUGGCUAAAUGUGUAGAAUGGCACGGAAUUAGGAUCACUCUGGGAUAGAACUGUCCUGAAUAGAGCCGACAUGAAUCCUUACACUACGUGUCCGAGAGGCAGGUUUGUUCUACUCAGUAUUUUUUAAAUAUCCGAUGGGGGUGGGGGUCACAAAAAAGCUGAACUCAGCAUGAGGGGCCGCAGUUGCGCCACAGUUCCACUCAAGAAGUACAACAAAAACCACAGUUUUACAUCAAUGUGGUUCUCUCCAAUAAACAAUUAUUUGAAAAAAUGGGUUUUAAGUGCCAACCUUAAACAUUUCACUUUUGGACUUACAUGAUCAACCUGGUCCUUAGCAGGUUUGUCUGAAUGAACCCAGCUUAAUGUGCUUAAAGAUACUACACAGCAAUGUAAAAACAUUACUGUGUAGAACAAGCCUACCUUUCAGACACUUAGUGUAAGGAAUAAUGUCCGCUCCAUUCAUGAGUUCUAUCUGCAACGUUCAGUAUAUUGCAUCCUCCUGAACAUGACCCUGUUUUCAACACCUCUGAUAAUCUACUGUUAGCAAUAGAACUAGGAGUCCUCCUCACCACCUCUGAUAGCCUACUGUUAGCAAUAGAACUAGGAGUCCUCCUCACCACCUCUGAUAGCCUACUGUUAGCAAUAGAACUAGGAGUCCUCCUCACCACCUCUGAUAGCCUACUGUUAGCAAUAGAACUAGGAGUCCUCCUCACCACCUCUGAUAAUCUACUGUUAGCAAUAGAACUAGGAAUUUGGUGCUAAAGGCUCAAAUUCCUUUGGUAACGCCUAGAAGGCCCCAUAUUAACAGUCCAACAAAUAGACAUGCUUUUAUCCUACAGUACGAUGCUUUAAAGUGCUUAAGAUUUCAUAGUCAUGUAAUUUAAGUAACGAUUUAAGGCCUUUAGUUGUUUAUUGUAAAUACUUUUAAAAUUCAUUUGAUUGUAGAACUUUUAUAAAAGGUAGUCCUUUUUUUGUGGAUGGGGUCAUUUCUGUUGGUUUUAUUUUUUGAACUGUCAAGGUGCAUUCUUUUCAUUGACAUUUGGAAAUCAAAUUGUCUUGAAUCAGUGCUUUGUGUGAGUUCCACUGGAAUAUUUAAGCUGGGCUCAUUCAGACAAAGCUACUAAGGACCCGAUUGAUCAUGUAAAUCCAAGAGUGAAAUGUUUCAAUAGGGGAGCACCCUGUGUAUGUUGUGUGUGUGUUUACUGUUUGUCUAAUAAUUGCAUAUUGGAGAGAACCACAAUGGUAUAUAACUGUUGUUUUUAUUGUAUUUAUUGAAUUGAACUGUAGAUUAGGCCUAAAUGUAUUUUGGGACCAACACAGUGGAAUAACCCUGACUUCUCAGAGAAGCAUUUAAAUCAGGCUGAAGUAAAUGUUACUACUGUCUACUGUUUCAGCAGUCGUGUGAUACAUAGCCUAGAGUGGAGUUGUGUGUUGAAAGAGUUAUUAUUGUCAACUCUCAUCUUUUUACUCGGUGUAUAAGCAGUGUAAACUGACUGACAAAGGCUCAUUAUUGAAGGUGCCUUCAAAAGAAAUUGUUACCCCUGGACUUAUUCCACAUUUUGUUGUGUUACCGCCUGAAUUCAAAAUGGAUUCAAUCAUUUUUUUAAACUCACCCAUCUACACACAAUACCCCAUAAUGACAAAGUGAAAACAGGUUUUUAUAAAUGUUUGCAAAUGUAUUGAAAAUGAAAUACAGAAAAAUCGCAUUUAGAUACAGUGGGGCAAAAAAGUAUUUAGUCAGCCACCAAUUGUGCAAGUUCUCCCACUUAAAAAGAUGAGAGGCCUGUAAUUUUCAUCAUAGGUACACUUCAACUAUGACAGACAAAAUUAGAAAAAAAAUCCAGAAAAUCACAUUGUAGGAUUUUUAAUGAAUUUAUUUGCAAAUUAUGGUGGAAAAUAAGUAUUUGGUCAAUAACAAAAGUUUAUCUCAAUACUUUGUUAUAUACCCUUUGUUGGCAAUGACGGAGGUCAAACGUUUUCUGUAAGUCUUCACAAGGUUUUCACACACUGUUGCUGGUAUUUUGGCCCAUUCCUCCAUGCAGAUCUCCUUUAGAGCAGUGAUGUUUAAGGACUGUUGCUGGGCAACAUGGACUUUCAACACCCUCCAAAGAUUUUCUAUGGGGUUGAGAUCUGGAGACUAGCUAGGCCACUCCAGGACCUUGAAAUGCUUCUUACGAAGCCACUCCUUCGUUGCCCAGGCGGUGUGUUUGGGAUCAUUGUCAUGCUGAAAGACCCAGCCACGUUUCAUCUUCAAUGCCCUUGCUGAUGGAAGGAGGUUUUCACUAAAAAU